GCGGCGAUAAAUUUUUGUCAAGAACAUGGAUGGGAAGGAUUUGUUUUUCUGAAAGAUAAAACGUUGGAAAUUAAACCUUUGCGGCAUGACUUUGCGUCUUCGUCCUCAAUCAACAAUCUUUGUAUUACACAAGAAAUUAAUAUUUCAUUUGGCAAGCCUCACCAAAUUAAAAAAUCUUUGCAAUUAUCUGCAGACACAAGUUUCCACAAUUUGGAUAAUUUUAAACUGAAACGGCGUUAUGUACAAAAUACACAAGAAAAAUUAACUAUAGAACUGGCUGUUUUCUUCGACGAAGCCGCAUAUCGUAUCUUCAUGCCUUUUCUGAACAACGAUCAGCAUAUGUUGUAUUUAUUGAUAUUAGCGUAUGUGAAUAAUAUCCAAGCUGUGUUCCAUCAUCCUAGUUUGGGAGUUUCUAUCGAUAUUUCGUUGGUAUAUUUAAAAAUUAUGUAUAAACAACCGUCAAAUUUGCCGGUUUACGGCGGCGACGGUCAGAAACUAUUGCAUUCGUUCUGCAAUUACGUGGGAACUCUUAAUCCUACAGACGACAAUGAUCCAGAUCACUGGGACGUUGGUCUUUAUCUAACCGGAAUAAAUCUUUGUUACACCGAGCAAGGCGUAGUCAAAAAUAUUACUCUAGGUAUUUCUAACGGAAAUAGUGCGUGCAUAUUAUGUCAAUCAUGUGUGGUAGCAGAAUUCGGUAUUGCGGAUGCUGUAACCUCGGGUUUUUCAUCGUCUCUCACUGCUGCUCAUGAGAUCGGUCAUGUUUUAGGAAUGCAACACGAUUCCGAUUAUACAAAACCAUGUGAUACAUACAAGUACAUAAUGUCAUCUAAAAAAUCCCGUCAAGGUCAAGUAACAUGGUCCGAGUGCAGUCGUAAUAUAGCUGAAGAACUCUGGGAAACAAAAGAGUGCCUUCGAGAUCGUACGAAAAAUCUCGAAGACGCAUAUGACCAUGCGCGGUAUAAAAAUUUACCCGGAAGACAAUGGAGCGCCAAAGCACAAUGUGAAAUAUAUUUUCGCGACAAGGAUGCGAACGUCGUCUCGUUGCUUGAUAUAUGUCAAACUUUGCAAUGUGAAACACCACACCGGAAUGGGUAUAACUUCAUCGGAUCAGCGUUGGAAGGCACUUAUUGCGCACCCGGGAAAGAAUGUCGCGGUGGAGAAUGCGUGCCCAAUCUGCAACCGCCUCUCGAUUAUUGUGAAGAUGAUAACUGGAGUGAAUGGAAAGAAAGCCCCUGUCAAAGUAGUUGCUUGGAGAAAUCUAAAGGCGUAAAAGUCAAACGACGUUCUUGCAAACAUGGAUUUCGCAGAACGGCGAGUUGUAAAGGACCAUAUUACAACGUGGUUCUGUGCGAUGACUCGAUACUUUGCACUAAAAAUCGCACGACAACCUCCCAGUUAAUUACCGAUAAAUGCAUUAAAAUCAACGACAAUCUAAAGCAUAAAUUCAGUAUUGAACUGGAAAGUGGGCCGGUAGUUCAGGUCCUUCAUAAUGUCGCGGAACCGUGGAAGGCCUGUACUAUACACUGCCGUAAAAAAGAUUCACCAACUCUUUACGCAUUACGCUUCGAAAUGAUCGGCGUUAAUAUGGACCCAUAUCUUCCAGAUGGAACAUGGUGUCACAAUAAAGAUGGCCAAGAUUAUUACUGCCGCCAACAUUAUUGUAUUCCGGAAAGCUACUCUUAAGAAUAAUUGUCGAAAGAUUAUCGUGUGUGAAUGAGGGUCAAAAAAGGGGAAAAAUAUGAAACAAUCGUAAAUCAGUCUAGAAUAGUUGAGCAAUUUGUUCGGUAGUAAAAUAAUAUUCAAAAUGUGUAACAAUAAUGUUACAUAUUCUAAUAUCGAUCAUAAUUCAUAUUUUUUUAAA